GUCUCGGGAACAUAUUGCUCACCUCCUGGGUUUUCUGUUUGUUUUUCCUGUAAAACUAGAGAGGCCCAGAUUAGUGAAAGACUUCUCUUGUGCUCUCAGAGGUAGUUAGCAGGAACCAAGGGCCAACGUGGCGCCCCCACACGCUCCAGGCUCCAGCUGGGGAUGGGCUCUCGUUUGUGAAGUCUCUGUCCCCGGAGCAAUACUGAGAAAGAGCAGCUGACCGACAUGGCGACAACUCCCGCUGAUGCUUUCGAGGCCCUUAUGGAUGGAGUGACAAGCUGGGAUCUCCCCAAAGGCCCCAUCCCGUGUGAACUCCUUCUUACUGGAGAGGCCGCCUUCCCGGUGAUGGUGAAUGGCAAGGGCCAAGUCCUCAUUGCUGCAUCUUCGUACGGCCGAGGCCGCCUGGUGGUAGUGUCCCACGAGGGCUACCUGCUGGAUACUGGCUUGGCUCCAUUUCUUCUCAAUGCAGUGCACUGGCUCCAGCACUCCCGUGGGGCUCCCGUGGGCGUGCACCCCUCCCUGAAAUCACUAGCAUGCAUCCUGCAGGCCUCGGGGGUCGAGGCACAGAUUCGGCCAGACCCUGGAGACCCUCUGCGGGUUUACUGCAUCAACGCCUACAACAACACCCUGACUGCAGAGCUGACCCAGUUUGUGAAAUGGGGGGGCGGUUUGCUCAUUGGGGGCCAGGCCUGGUAUUGGGCCAGUCAGCACGGUCGUGACAAGGUGCUGUCCAGGUUCCCCGGAAACCAGGUGACCAGUGUGGCCGGAGUGUACUUCACCGACAUCCGUGGGGACAGAGGCCAGUUCAAGGUCUCUAAGAAGGUGCCUAAGAUCCCACUUGAGGUCAGGUGUGGGGAGGACCUCAGGCAGGACCUGCACCAGCUCCUGGAAGGGAUCUCAGAGCUGGACAUCAAGACGGGAGGAAUCCCCUCGCAGCUGCUGGUGCACGGGGCCCUGGCCUUCCCUCUGGGGUUAGAUGCCUCCCUCGGCUGCUUCCUGGCCGCUGCCCGCUACGGCAGGGGCCGGGUGGUCCUGGCUGCCCACGAAGGCAUGCUCUGUGCUCCCAAGAUGACGCCCUUUUUGCUCAAUGCUGUGCGCUGGCUGGCCAGAGGCGAGGCGGGCAAAGUUGGGGUGAACACACGUCUGAAAAACCUGUGUGCCCUACUGUCGGAGCAUGGCCUGGAGUGCAGUCUGGAGCCCCAUCUGACAGGUGGCUUGCAUGUCUACUGCUGUGUGGCUUACAGUGACAAGGAGGCUAAGCAGCUGCAGGAGUUUGUCGCCGAGGGAGGAGGCUUGCUGAUCGGGGGCCAGGCCUGGUGGUGGGCCUCCCAGAACCCGGGCCGCUCCACAUUGGCUGGUUUCCCCGGAAACGUCAUCCUCAACUGCUUUGGCCUCAGCAUCCUAUCUGGGACUGUUAACCCAGGCCAGUUCCCCGUCCCCACCCCCCAGAUGCUGAGCUACCACUUCCGGCGGGCGCUGUCGGAAUUCCAGGCUGUCCUGAACCAGGACCAUGGGGACUUGGAAAAGAGCUGGCUGGCAAAACUGGGAGUCGAUGGCGCCGCCUUCCUGCAGAUUCCUGCAGAGGGGGUCCCAGUCUACACAUCCUUGCACCGACUCCUGAGGAAAAUGCUGCGGUCGACCGGCCUCCCGGCGGUGAGCCGAGAAAACCCAGUGGCCCGUGACUCCUGUGAGGCUGCCGUGCUCUGCCUGGCCACGGAGCUGGCACGCUCUGGGACUGACUGCUCCCAGCUGGUGCAGGGACUUGGAACCUGGACCUGCCACUCCAGUCUGGACCCCUCCGAACACCCCAUCACUGUGGAGAUCAAUGGAAGCAACCCAGGCAAUGGGGAGUCCUGGGUGAGUACUGGGCUCUACCUCUUGAACGGACAGAAUGCAGAAGUCUCGCUGUCUGAAGCUGCAACCCAUGCUGGCCUGAAGGUCCAGAUUGGCUGCCACACCGAUGACUUGAGCAAGGCCAGCAAACUGUCUCGAGCCCCCGUGGUGACUCAUCGGUGCUGUAUGGACAGGACCAAACAGUCGGUCUCCUGUCUCUGGGGUGGCCUUCUCUAUGUCAUCGUGCCCAAGGGCAGUGAACUGGGCCCCGUGCCCGUCACCAUCAAGAGGGCUGUGCCCGCCCCGUACUACAAGCUGGGUAAGACAUCCCUGCAGGAGUGGAGGAGUCGUAUCCAGGAGAACCUUGCUCCCUGGGGCGAGCUGGCCACAGACAACAUCAUCUUGACAGUGCCAACCGCAAACCUCCGGGCCCUGGAGGACCCUGGGCCCGUGCUCCGCUUCUGGGACGAGAUGAUGCGGGCGAUAGCCAAGCUGGCGGCCAAGCCUUUCCCGUUCCUGCGUCCCGAGAGGAUUGUCGCUGACGUGCAGAUCUCAGCUGGCUGGAUGCACUCAGGGUACCCCAUCAUGUGCCACCUGGAGUCGGCACAGGAGCUCAUCAGUGAGGCCACCAUGAGAAGCAGCGGUCUGUGGGGACCCAUCCACGAGCUGGGCCACAACCAGCAGCAGUGCGGGUGGGAGUUCCCGCCACACACCACCGAAGCCACUUGCAACCUCUGGUCAGUCUACGUGCAUGAGACGAUCCUGGGCAUCCCCAGGGCUCAGGCCCACGCUGCUCUGAGCCCCACACAACGAGAGGAGAGGAUCAAAGAGCACCUGGGGAAGGGGGCCCCCCUGAGCAACUGGAACGUGUGGACAGCUCUGGAAACGUAUCUGCAGCUCCAGGAGGCCUUUGGGUGGGAGCCGUUCACCCAGCUCUUUGCUGAGUACCAGACCCUCUCCGGCAUCCCCAAAGACAACACCAGCAAGAUGAAUCUGUGGGUGAAGAAGUUUUCCGAAAGAGUGCAGAAGAAUCUGGCUCCUUUCUUCAAGGCCUGGGGCUGGCCCGUCCAGAAGGAAGUGGCUGACAGUCUGGCCUGUCUGCCUCAGUGGCAGGAAAACCCCAUGCGGGUUCACGUCCACACCGAGGGGUAACGUGGGAGGAGAGGAAGGGGCGCGCCAGCUCCACCGCCCGUGUGUCUGGCCGUGUGUCUGGCCGCGUGGACCUUGAGCCUGCAUCCUGCAUCCUCCCCUGUCUUCAAGAUUAAAAGAAACUUACUUUCUCAGGAAAAGUCCCUGGCACCUCCUUGUGAUGUUUCUCUGCUCAGGCUGUUGCUCCCACUUGCUUCGCCAUCCUAGUCGGCUGGGGCAAGAUUUUUCAUCUCGGCAUCUUGAGGUUCUGCAGGCUCUUGACUUCUGUUUCUGACCAAUGGUUCUGAAGACCGUGGGUCACCGCAGUGAUCUGCUACCAUCCCCUCACCACCGCCAGCCUGGAACAUGGCUCUUCAUUUCUUAUGCUUUGAGAAGUUUUCUAGUUGCAGGAGGGACAGGCUGGUGCCGUGCAGAGAACCCUGCGCCAGCUUUGGUACCAUGGGAAAGUCACUUAGCAUCUCUGUGCUUCUGCAUUCGCAUCCGUGACAUGGGGAGAGAACUUCAUUUCUUGAUAAUGGUGAACGUGCUCAUGCACCACAGCAGGCAAGGGGAUCUUCAAGCCUUCACCAGGUCCUGUAGUGGCCUGUCUGUCCAGUUUUGUUUUUUGUUUUUUUGGACAGCCUGAAAAUUGAAUCUCACUUCAGAGUUGGCCACCUUGAGAUGAGCCCUUAGUCCUCAUGAAAGAGCAUUUAAGGGAUACCAGUGUCAUUCCCAGACGUGGUAUUGUAGUGGAUGCUGAGGGCUUAGCCCAUCCUAGAUCCUUUUCCUGCCUCUGGAAGGAUUCUCGGGUAAAACCUAAGGAGUGAUGUAAACUCAAACUGGGUGUUACAAAGCUGGCAGGGUUUGGUCUUCUUGGUUAGUUCCAUCUUCUAGGACUUUUAUUUCAACCACAGGGAAAAGUCCCUUUAGCAGCCUCUACCAAGUCCAUAAGCCUUGGUUCUUAGCACAAAACAGGCCGAUGACUCCUCUGGUCACCAUGGAAUCAAGGCAGUCAUUUGACAGCGGCUGUGCAGAGAGGUGCGUGGACGUGACAGGCUUCGCCCCAGAGCAGGAUUACUGGAUGCGGCACACCAAAUUAACCCGCAACCACCUAAUUAACCCAUAACCCAGCAUUUCCUGAUCUUUCGCAUAACCUCAUUCCAGCCUCUCCCAGCUCUUUAGCUAGGUGGGGUUAAAAUUGGAGACCUGGCUCUGGGAUUAAUGGGGUGUACACCGAGCUGCUUUUCUCUAGCUUCCUUUUAAACCGCAUUCUUUUGAGGUUUCGAAUAUUAUUCCACGAGCUUUGCUGAGAGCAGAGUGUCUCCUCAGAAGGAACGUCUGCUUCUGCGUUCACCAGCACGUCCCUCAAUUCUAGAAUAACUUCCUUUUAUUCCACUGGUGUCCUUUGCCAGGUGCCGUUUAUAUAAAAAGGUGCUCAGGAAAUAUGUGUUGAUUGAAAGAACAGUAAUGACACCAGACAUAUAAGGAGCAGUCACUCUGUCCCAGGCAUUGUGCGAGGUACUUUCUAUGCAUUGCAGAACCUUUGCCGCAGAUCUGUGAUUUAGGUACUUUUAUGAUUCCCACUUCACGGAUGAGAAAACGGACACUAAGAAAUAGGAAAUAACUUCUGAUGUCACAAAGCUAAGCGUCAGGGCUUGACUGAAGCCCAGAGCAAUGAAAAAAUGUGGAGCUUAUCCUCCGUGAAUGAGUUACAAUUUAAACAAAAAUUCACCCAGAAAACGGAUGAAAGGAAGUUCAACGAAGUUCUGAGUUAUCCCACGUUUGCUAUUGAAGUUUUAUUAAGUAUCAAAUUUAACCUCCAAAAAAGUAUUGCUAUCCGA